AGAAACAAAUGGUUUUUAUAUGCGAAAAAGUGCAAACUGUCUUGUGGCCUAGAUUGUUUGCCUUGUUUUUCUCAUUCUCUCUCUCAUUCUCUGCUCUUUGAGUCUUGACAUGUUUGUCAGCAGAAGCACCCGUGACCUCUCACUUUCUGUCAUUGAUUCUCUAAUUCAACGACAAUAUCACUUUUCCACCUAAAACAAAGCACCAACUGACUUUGUAUAUAAACCAUAAUUCGACCUGGCCGCUCUCACUUGAACCUCUACAUUCCCUUUGGCUCUCAUUCUCAUUCUCAUUUCAUUCUUAAAUAUGUCAAAGUUUCAAUAUAUUUUUACCAUUACCAUCCUUAUUCUUCUUUUGAAUUCUGGCCAGACAUUAUGCCAUACCAAAGGGAUCAGACUCGGAAGCUCUAGAGGGAAGCACAAGCAAUCAAAUAUGACCCGAACCCAAGUCUCAGAGCAGCAGUUCAUGCAGUGGGUCAAAUUUGUUGGUAGCCUUAAACACUCAGUUUUCAAGACAGCAAAGAACAAGCUUUUCCCUUCUUAUACUAUUACUGUAGACAAGAAUCCGGCGGCUGGAGACUUCACCAAAAUUCAGGAUGCCAUUGAUUCUCUUCCUUUCAUAAAUCUUGUAAGAGUGGUUAUCAAGGUCCAUGCAGGGGUUUACACGGAGAAGGUUAACAUUCCGCAAUUGAAAUCCUUCAUAACCAUUGAAGGAGCAGGAGCUGAUAAAACAAUUGUUCAAUGGGGAGACACAGCUCAAACAUCAGGGCCAAGAGGACAACCUUUGGGGACCUAUGGGUCUGCAACUUUUGCUGUGAAUUCCCCUUAUUUUAUUGCCAAAAACAUUACAUUCAAGAACACGACACCAGUUCCACCACCAGGAGCAGUUGGAAAGCAAGCUGUAGCAUUUAGAAUAUCAGCAGAUACAGCUACUUUCUUGGGUUGUAGAUUCCUGGGAGCUCAGGACACUCUCUAUGAUCACUUGGGUAGGCAUUACUAUAAGGAUUGUUACAUUGAAGGUUCUGUUGAUUUUAUAUUUGGCAAUGCUCUCUCCCUCUUUGAGGGAUGUCACGUGCAUGCAAUAGCAACGUUAACAGGGGCCCUCACAGCACAAGGCAGAGGGAGUAUCUUAGACGACACGGGCUUCUCUUUUGUGAACUGUAAGGUCACGGGCUCAGGGGCACUCUACCUAGGGAGGGCAUGGGGUCCUUUCUCCAGGGUGGUCUUUGCUUUCACUUAUAUGGACAACAUUAUCAUUCCUAAGGGCUGGUAUAACUGGGGCGACCCUAACCGUGAAAUGACUGUAUUUUAUGGGCAGUACAAAUGCACUGGACCUGGAGCAAACUUUGCAGGCAGGGUUUCAUGGUCAAGAGAACUCACUGACGAAGAAGCCAAACCUUUUAUUUCUCUUAGUUUCAUUGAUGGCUCUGAAUGGAUCAAAUUAUAAUCGUCAAAUUUAUUUUUUGUAUAUCAACAAACAAAAAUAAUACUAGUUUUUCUUAGUAAAAGUCGUAAUGGUGAUAGUUUUGAUCUUUAUGUAGGAUGAUAAGCAAUGAUAAAUUCAUAACUAGAAGCCAUAACCGAUCAAUCAAGCGAAUCAUUGUAAAGGGAGACUCAUCAAACCUAAAUUGAAGCAAUCUAAUCUGCAUAAAAAUUAGCUUCAUGGAAAAAUAUGCUUGAGAUCACAGUGCUACUCCUUACGCAUGCAUUGUAAGAAAAUUGUUGUUAAAUAGACAAAAUUACUGUCAUUUGUAAACCUACGGCCCAAUGGCAAGAUGGACUGACGGGAUUCGAGGAUGAAUAAAACUAAA